UAAUACCGCAGUCCUCCGCUCGGCGACUCCUCUUCCGUCUGCAACCACCGGAAGUCGCCUUACCGACGCCGAUCUCCGAUCGGUGAAUUCUACGCUCUCUCCUCUCUGAUAUUCUCCCUGCGGCGAUCACCUCCGUCGCCAUCAGUCUCCACCAGAUAUUUGUGGAAGUUGUCGCUUUGAACUUAAGCGAGACGAUACGGUAGUUUUUACUGUUUCGAAGAUGGCAUCAGCAAUAAUUUCUUAUCUGCAAAAAAUAUGGCCAUUGUCAACGUUUAAGGCUGAUGAUUUGAAAAUUUCUGAUAGAUUAGUUCGCAAACUUUCAAUACCAGAUACGACAAAGCAGUUUGUUUUGGCUCUGCAUGAACCUGAUUCUGAUGCUGUAGUAUAUAUAUUAGCUGCACAAAACUUGUCAUUACAAUCUGCCUUCGACGCGGAGGAUCUGAUCAAAGAAGUUAAGCCAAAGACUGUGAUGGCUCAAAUUUCACUGUCGGCGUUGGCUGAUAUCCAAGCCGAAGAGAAAGAUGUAAGAAAUGAUCAAGCAAACCUUGUACCAACUUCAUCAAUUGGGGUGCUUAAAAGAUGCUUCAUUGAAAAAAUCAGCAAGGAUCAUUAUGAAAAUUUUGCUGGGAGGCAGGUCUUGCAAGAGAUCUUUGGGGUUGGAUGUUAUGGUCACUUCUUGUCCGCGAAGAGAGCUGCAGAAGAGAUAGGUUCGCAUUUUAUGUUACUGGAGUCACCAUAUGACGGUAACGAAGGUGGACAUGCUACAACAUGUUCAGACAAUAAUAAAGAUGGAGGUCAAACCUUAGGGUUGAGAAUACAAGCAAUCAACUUACUUCCUCCAAAAGUUACUUCAUCUACAUACUUCAAUUCUAAAAGAUUGUGCUUAGAUGAUGCAAUUAAGGAACAAAUGGUUAAGAUGGUGAUUCCAUUCCUUGAGUUAGCGGUCUCAAAAGGAGGUCAACCUGACUCUAAUUUUGAAGAGGGAUCUGUAAAAGAUCGACCAAAACUAGACUACAAGGUGCCUGCAUUUGCACAGUCUUUCUACCCUUUAUUUGCAGAUCUACAUGCCAUAUUCAUUGACCUUCCAUCAAUUGAAAAGGCUGUGGUUGCUGUACAGAGAAUGCUUGUUGAUAUCAAUGAAGGAAAACCAGUUAAUACUCAUACAUUAUCAAAUGCAUACAUUUUCAGGAUUGCAGUUGAGAGUGUAAGGAUUGCCUUAAACGAUGCCGCACGUCGUCCAAUGGAAAGAACAAAUAAAGUCAAUCCUAGCGAAUUGGAGUAUUUUGAGCUCCCAUUGGAAGAGAAAGCGCAUGUUCUUUUUGUACACACUCUGAGGAAUCAGGCAAAGAAGUUUGGAUCUAUUGUUGCUAUAGUUGACACUAGUUGCUUGGCUGGUCUGCGCAAGCACUGGAACACAUCUGUGCCUCCCAAGGUGGCAGAAUCAAUCAAUUUAGGUUCUACAGAAUGCUAUGAUGAUGAUCUUGAACAUGAAAAGGUGAUAGAAAACAUGAAAAGGAAUGGUCUUCUGGUGGAUAAGCCUGUAGUGGCAGUUAGUGCUGGAGCUACAGUAGUUUUGGGUGCAUCUUCAUUGUCUAAAGCAGUUCCUAUGUCCACAUUAAUUAAGUUUUCCAUGUAUAAGAUUCCUGCUACUUUGAAAUUAAGCUUAACACAGCUGCAAAGAAUAGCUAUUAUGAGCCUCAGUAAAUUUUUUGCUGUGAAUCCCUUCGCACAAGUACUUGCUAGUGCAGGAGCCAAGACCUCCGCUAUGAAGGUGACCACAUCAGCUGUGAAAAUCCGUUCUGUGGCACACACUAUGAUAGCAGCAGCUGAGAAGACAAGUUUGUUGGCUAUGAGAACUUCGUUUUAUGAAAUUAUGAGGAGUAGGAGUGUCCGACCAAUUAGGUUUGCCCCAUCGGCUAUGUUUGGUUGCAGCAUGGCUGCAUGCACUGGGCUUCUAACUUAUGGCGAUGGAAUUGAAUGUGCUGCUGAGUCAUUGCCUUCUGUUCCGAUGAUUGCAUCUUUAGGUCGUGGCCUUCAAAGUUUGCAUCAAGCAUCCAUGGAAGUGAGACAAACAAAUGGCACCAAAAUGCAGGAGGCUUUGCAGUCUUUAGUGCACAAUUUGAAGAAGAUGAGAACACAAUGAAUAAAGUUUGAGUAAUGAAGCCCCUUAAUUUGCUAUCUCUGAUAGAACAAUGUCAUAGUGAUUGAGAUUUCAUUCAUAAUGGCUAAGAUGGGUUCAAGAUCAAGUGGAUUUAUUGGUGUACUGAUGGUUACCAAGACCACAGCAAAUGCAUUUCUCCUGGAACCAAGACCAAACAAACAUCGUUGAUGGAGGCAAUAAACUUUCUCCUUAGCCAUGUUCAGGAACUUCGACAUUAAGAGCCCAUCUGAAAAGCUUCUUAUACACUUGACCAUCUGCAAUAACAUAAGGAUCCAUUGAUUUGUAUCUGCAGAAGGUCCCUAUUCUCCAGUUUCAGAAUGAUGCUGGCUGCUUUCCCUUAUCGGCGGCAGGGUUCUUCAUAUCAUAGUUAACAUUGAGUUCAUAUAACAUCUAUGGAAGGUGGCUUUUAUACCUUACACCUUCGCCGACAACUUCUAUGACCCUUACCGACAUAAUAUACUUGGGAAUGAUCUUCUGGAGCAGGAAAGGGAGGAGACGACUCAAAGAUUCUUUGCUGUGCUUGUAGAAGGUGAUUGCUAUCUAUUGUAAAAGUCAAGAUUGUAAGCGAGGGUAGUCCAAAGUCGGCACCUAAAGUUGACUAUUAAUUCCGAGGUCUUCUAUAUGUAAACGAAACAUGUGCCAAUUUGUCCACCAAUAACUUUGUUGGCUUACAAAGACGAAGAAGAUUAUUCAAAAAGUUCAUUUAUAAAUGACUGAAUU